GGCGUCCGCGGGAGGGAGGCGCUGCCCGCGGCCCGGCCGCUCCCGCUGCAGCUGCUCGCCGGGUUCGCCGUGCCCUGCCCGCGGGGCCCCGGCUGUUCUCAUCCCGGCCGCCGCCCGGGCUGCCGCUGGUGACCACUCGCCGCGCCGCCGGAGGCUUCACCCGCGUCCUCCCCCAGGACGCGCCCGCGGAGCUCCGGCCUCUUCGCCCCGCUCGCGGAGGCCGCGCUGCGCGCCGGGCGGCGGCGAGGCCGGAAGAUGGCCUGGGUGCUCAAGAUGGACGAGGUGAUCGAGUCCGGGCUGGUGCACGACUUCGACGCCAGCCUCUCGGGCAUCGGGCAGGAGCUGGGCGCCGGCGCCUACAGCAUGAGCGAUGUCUUGGCAUUGCCAAUUUUCAAGCAGGAAGAUUCCAGCCUUCCAUUGGAUGACGAAACCAAACACCCGCCCUUCCAGUAUGUGAUGUGUGCAGCAACGUCACCAGCCGUGAAGCUGCACGACGAAACGCUCACGUACUUGAACCAAGGUCAGUCUUACGAAAUUCGCAUGCUGGAUAAUCGGAAAAUGGGAGAUGUGCCUGAGAUCACUGGAAAACUGGUAAAGAGCAUCAUAAGAGUUGUAUUCCAUGACAGACGGCUCCAGUAUACAGAGCAUCAGCAGCUUGAAGGUUGGAAGUGGAAUCGCCCAGGAGACAGACUCCUCGAUUUAGAUAUUCCAAUGUCUGUGGGAAUAAUUGACACAAAGACAAAUCCAAGCCAGUUAAAUGCAGUUGAAUUUCUGUGGGAUCCUGCAAAACGCACAUCUGCUUUCAUUCAGGUACACUGCAUCAGCACAGAAUUUACUCCCCGGAAGCACGGAGGUGAAAAGGGAGUGCCUUUUAGGAUCCAGGUUGACACCUUUAAGCAGAAUGAAAAUGGAGAAUACACAGAUCAUCUACACUCAGCUAGCUGCCAAAUCAAAGUUUUUAAGCCGAAAGGUGCAGAUAGGAAACAAAAAACUGAUCGAGAGAAGAUGGAGAAGAGAACCGCUCAUGAGAAGGAGAAGUACCAGCCGUCCUAUGACACCACGGUCCUCACAGAGAUGAGGCUUGAGCCUAUAAUUGAAGAUGCAGUUGAACAUGAGCAGAAAAAGUCCAGCAAGCGGACUUUGCCAGCAGACUACGGUGAUUCUCUGGCAAAGCGAGGCAGUUGCUCUCCAUGGCCCGACACCCCCACCGCCUAUGUGAACAGCAGCCCUUCCACGGCGCCCACCUUCACGGCCCCGCAGCAGAGCGCUUGCAGCGUCCCGGACAGCAAUUCUUCUUCCCCAAAUCAUCAAGGAGAUGGAGUUUCACAGGCCUCUAGUGAACAACUUCAGCCUUCAGCCACGAUCCAGGAAACACAACAAUGGCUGAUCAAAAACAGAUUCUCUUCCUACACAAGACUGUUCUCCAGUUUUUUAGGUGCCGACUUGUUAAAACUGACAAAGGAGGAUCUAGUACAAAUUUGUGGUGCAGCCGAUGGAAUUCGGCUCUAUAAUUCACUGAAGUCAAGGUCGGUGCGGCCCCGCCUGACCCUCUACGUCUGCCGCGAGCAGCCGGCGCCGCAGGGGCAGCAGCAGGCAGCGGGUGGCGGGGGCGACGGCGGCGGCGCCACGCCCUACGUUUAUCAUGCAAUCUACUUAGAAGAAAUGGUUGCUUCAGAAGUUGCUCGAAAACUUGCGUUGGUGUUUAAUAUUCCUUUCCACCAAAUUAACCAGGUUUACAGACAGGGUCCCACCGGUAUUCACAUUCUUGUUAGCGAUCAGAUGGUUCAAAACUUUCAAGAUGAGAGUUGUUUUUUAUUCUCCACAGUAAAAGCUGAAAACGGCGGUGGCGUCCACAUAAUUUUGAAGUGACGUCUUGACGUCUGAACUCUAUUCAGCACCAGUUUAAAGUUACGCUUAAAAGUGUGUGAAGACUGAAUCCAAGAAGUCUUGGGAUUGGAUUUUACCGUAUGAAAUGUUUCAUAUUGAAAACACAGGAUGACCUUUCUCACGAACUGGAUGAGAGGCACGUCUCCUUCGCUUCACUGCCGCGGCCUCACCCCGGGACGGUGAGCACGUCGGGCCCCGGUGCAGGUAGGCCGCCUGCUUCUCUGCCAGAGAGGCCAGUAGACACAGUCCCUAGAAGCAGCCUUCGCUGUCUUUUUACACUGUAUGCGGUUUGGAAAUGAAUGUAAAGAUGUACUGUGGGCAUUUACCUUUCUGGGCCAGUUCGGCUUCUGCUGCCCGGACCUUAUGCUGACCUGGGGGCGGGGGGGCCCUGGCUGCUGCGGGGCAAGCGCCGAAUCCACGUGUGGAGAGAGUGAGGCCGGCGCUGAUACGGGCCGAUCAGUGGUCAGGGGAGAGAGGCUUGGCGCCUUCUUGGAAAAAAUCACGUCUAAGGGUGCGCGUCUGCCGUGAUCUUGCCAGAUCGGGGAAGCCCCAAGCCAGGAAGACGGGCGUGAAGCAAACUGCAUUAUCAAGAGUACCUUGGUGAGAGGAUCAGUGUAAAUCCUAAUAGGUACAAAGACUUUUGUGUUUUUGCUUUGUCACAGAUUUACUGAAAAACUUUUUGCUUCUGCUUCCAUUUUUAGCAUUUUGUUUCUGGUUUUCAUUUUUGAAGCCCCAAUGCCUUUUAAACUCAUGUGGUUUUAUUUCUCCUUUUCCUCCCUCUCUCUGUCUCUGACCACCCACCCCACCCUGCACCAUACUGUUGUUAAACUUUUUUAAAGCCCUGUCCCCAACAUUGGAAAUACACCCAAGCAGGAGAAAACAGUGUGAUGGUUUCUGACUUGGUGUUAAGGGGUCUUCAUUAUCAAGAGUUGAAAUUUAUUUGUGAAACACUAGACAUCACAAACACUAUAUUGUACCAUCAAAAUUCCUCACACUUCCCUAAUAUGGAGCUUUAGUACAAUCAUGGGUAACAUUCUGGUGAUUAUUUAGGGACUUUUUUAUACACCACAUAAUAGCUUCUUUUUCUAUAAAAAGAGUGCCUCUUUCACAAAACCAAAUGCUUGUUGGCCAGUAUACUUUCCAAAGGGAAUCACUGUUUUUGCAAUUUUUUCUACUAUCAAUCAUUAUUAUCUCUUCUCUUCACCCGAAGCCUUCCCAAAAUUCAUCAGCAAGCAUUUGAGGCCUGUGGUGUACUAGACACAAUUUUCUUUUCAAACUUCGAUUCCAUUUUAAUUAUGCCAUCUCUGUCCGUUCAUCCAGUGUCUUGGUUUUGAGUGUAUUAUUUGAUCCUUAUCUUUGUUCAGGCAGAAAUAGGAAUGGGUAAUUUUGAGUUUAAAAUCUCUCCCAGAAGACAAAACUACUUCAGUGGGUGAAAGCUUUGGCACUGUACGUUUUAUUCAUAAAGGGGGUUAUUUGAUAUGAAAAAGUACUGUCUCUAAAUAGUCCAUCUUUGGUUUGAAAAUAUCCAUAACUUGUAUAGACCCUAAAGCAGGAGAGCUUUCCUUUCCGUCAUUUUCCCUUUGCUUUUGUAUGACCACAUGUUUUCUGUACCAGUCAGUCAUUUGGGAAAGAAGUGAGCUUCUCUCUUAAUUGUUUUAGAGUUUUGCUUGUCUAUUUAGCAUUCCUUUUUGAGUCUCAAGAUUUAUGGAACAAUAAAUGUCAUUUUUAAUGCUGUGUGCUAUUUUGAAUUCCUCAUCAGGUUUUACAAGUGGGGUAAAAAUAAUUAAAAGCUCAUCAAACUUGAAAUGACACCAAGCAGCAUUGAACAUUAGUCUCUCCCAGUGAAACAGGUUAAAUUAUGGCACCAGCAAAUUUGCUACUUUGUUUUUUUAAUAGUAGGAUGUACACAUUUCAGUAUAAUAAAUGUUUUCCGAUUGUUUUGCAAAUGUGUGUCUCAUUUAAAAUCCAAGUUCCUGCCAGUGUGUCACCUCAUGUCAUAGAAUCAAGGAGUUCACUGUGUAUGUUCUGAGUACACACCAGUCCCAAUGUUGUUAUAAGAGCUGACGCGGGUGUGUGUUUUCAGUUUGUUUCCUCAAAGCUGAUGCAACUGAGGAUAGCUUAUCCAGUGACUGUGCCACACUUAAAGGGGAAGCAAACCUGAUUUUUCUUAACAGAGGUUCUCCUGUUUUGUAGAUGCGGUCCAGCGUCAUUCAGCCAGAGUCCAGUAGCUGUGAGAGGUUGUGUCCAGGCUCAAAAGAGAUAAUGUAUAGAAGGCCCUGGUCAUUUAAAUUUUUAAAAUAGAAACUAUAUUCAUAGCUUCCUGCAACAGCCAUUUUUUCCCCCACACAGUGGUGUAAAUGUAUAUUUAAAUAACUGCUAUGGUAUACACACAAUAAGGCAGCAAAAUCAUC